AUGGUGCUUCUCUCACUGCUUCUUCCACAUCAUGCUGUGUGCAGGAGACAUUCUAUCAAUUGCACCACAACCAAGGAUCCUCUCCCUAUUCCUCAUAAAUUUUAUCAGCCAGGUGAUCUUGUCAUUGGUGGGAUUGUUUCUCAGGUCUUCUUCCUCCAUAAUAUCCUUUCUUUUGUGGAACAACCUGCACAGACACGUCUCGGUGAACCGAUUUCUGUGCCCAAGAACUACCAACAUGUCCUGGCCUUGGCAUUUGCUGUGAAAGAGAUCAAUGAGGAUCCACAAAUCUUACCCAAUAUCUCUCUGGGCUUCCAUAUCCUUAAUAGCUACUACACUGCAAGGAUGACCUUCAAGGCCAUCCUGAACCAACUUUCCACACAGCACAGAUUUGUCCCCAACUUCAGGUGUCACAACCAGAAUAAUGUGAUUGCUCUCAUUGGAGGAUGCCUCUCUGAAAUCUCUGCCAAUAUAGCUAUCCUUUCAGCAGCUCAUAAGACACUGCAGGUCUUCUUUUGGAUCCAGUUCAGGUUCACCUACGGAUCAUUUCUGCUGCCAGAAGAUGCAAACAAACAAAUGCCUUUUUUGUACCAGAUGAUUCCUAAAGAAGUCCAGCAAUAUAUGGGAGUCGUGCAACUGCUUCAGCAUUUUGGAUGGAUAUGGAUUGGGCUUGUAGCUGUGGAUGAUGACAGGGGGAACAGGUUUUUAAGGAAAAUGGUACCAAUGCUUUCUCAGCAUGGAAUCUGCUAUGAAUUCAUAAUAAGGAUCCCAAAAUGGUCUUAUAUAGAUGAGAUGAUUGCCUUGGGUUGGAAGGACAGGAAGAACUUUGAAAUUGUUUUUGAGAGCAAAGCCAAUGUUUUCUUUAUCUAUGGAGAGCCUCCAUCAUUUCAAGUACUGAGAAUGUUAGCGUUUGUAGCACCCAUCUUGGGAUUGCCACCACUGGGGAAAGUGUGGAUUGUUACUUCUCACUGGGAUUUUGCAUCAAUGCCUCUUCAAAGAACAUGGGAUACACAAACUUUCCAUGGAUCCUUAUCAUUCAGUGCUCAUUCAAACCAGCCCUUAGGAUUCCACAAGUUUGUGCAGAUGGUUAGACCCACUUGGGCCAAAGGAGAUGGUUUCAUCCAAGAUUUUUGGGAAAAUGCAUUCAACUGUUUACUAAGCAUGGCUGAUGUGAUGCAGGAGGACAAAGAGAGCUGCUCAGGGGAUGAGAAGCUGGAGACUCUUCCUGGAAUCUUGUUUGAAAUGAACAUGACGGGCCACAGCUAUAAUGUCUACAAUGCUGUUUAUGUUGUGGCAUAUGCUUUGAAAGCAGUAUAUGAAUCCAGCUCCAAGCACAGAACAUGGCUCCAUCACUUUCUAAGCAGCAUCUCGUUCAAUAACACUGUUGGAGACACUGUGCAUUUUAAUGAAAAUGGAGAGUUGGUUGCAGAGUUUGAUGUUACCAACUGGCUGAUGUUACCCAAUGGAUCAGUGGUUAGAUUAAAAGUUGGAAGUCUGGACCCCCAGGCUCCUGCAGGACAAGAGUUAACCAUUGAUGAUGACCAAAUCAGGUGGCAUGCAAGCUUUAAUCAGGCUCUGCCACUUUCUGUGUGCAACGACAACUGCUAUCCAGGAUACAGCAGGAAAAAGACGGAGGGGGAGCCAUUUUGCUGCUAUGACUGUGCUGCAUGUCCAACGGGAUUGAUCUCCAACAGGAAGGACAUGGAUGCCUGUGUCAAAUGUCCAGAAGAGCAGUAUCCCAGCAAGGAAAAAACCCUAUGCAUCCCCAGGGAUCUCAGCUACCUCUCUUAUGGAGAAGCUCUAGGGAUUGCCUUGAUUUUCUUAGUGAUUUGUUCCUCAUCCACCACAGCUCUUGUGUUUGGAAUUUUUCUCAAGCACAAGGACACCCCCAUAGUUAAAGCCAACAACCGAAGCAUCACCUACAUCCUCCUCAUCUCCCUCCACCUCUGCUUCCUCUGCCCCUUGCUCUUCAUUGGGCAACCGGGAAAGGUGACCUGCCUUCUCCGACAGGUGGUUUUUGGCAUUAUCUUCUCUGUGGCCCUUUCCAGCAUCUUGGCCAAAACCAUCACUGUGCUUCUGGCAUUCAUGGCCACCAAGCCAGGCUCCAGGAUGAGGAAACGCAUGGGGAAAGGACUGGCCAAUUCUAUUUCACUUUCUGGCUCCUUAAUUCAAGCAGCCAUUUGUGCACUUUGGCUAAGCACAACCCCUCCAUUUCCAGACAUGGACGUACGUUCACUGGAUGAAAAAAUCAUUCUGGUAUGCAAUGAGGGUUCCAAUGCCAUGUUUUAUUGUGUCUUGGGCUAUCUGAGCUCCUUGGCAAUAGUCAGUUUCAUUGUGGCUUUCUUAGCCAGGAAGUUGGCCGACAGCUUCAAUGAGGCCAAGUUCAUCACCUUCAGCAUGCUGGUCUUCUGCAGUGUGUGGAUGUCCUUUUUUCCAGCCUACCUGAGCACCAAAGGGAAGUAUGUAGUCUCCGUGGAGAUCUUUGCCAUCUUGUCAUCCAGUGCUGGGCUGCUGAGUUGCAUCUUUGGCCCUAAAUGCUACAUUAUUGUACUCAGGCCUGAUCUGAACAACAAGGAGCAGCUAAUACGAAGGAGGAACUGA